ACCAAAAAUUGGCUCUUUUGUUGGAUUUUAUGAAACUACUUUCGUGUAUUUGUUAUACUACACCCUUCAUGAAUGUUUGAGGGAGAAAGAAGUUAGAUACUCCCUUGUAUGACGUAAUACGUACGAGUACACUCCGAUCGUAAUGUUGGUUAACCUGAAUGUAACAAAGGCGGAAGGCCAGCUGAUUCAGUGCGGCUCACGAGUAACAUCUCGUGAUGCUGAAGUCAAUGUAGUGAAGUAUUUCUAUCAGUAAUGUGUUAGUUAUAUCGUUCUUUUGGAGUUUUGUUUUUGUUGCUGUUUCGUUAAUUUAUCAAAAUUCACAUGGCUAACGAGGAGUUCUCGGACAAAGAAAAUAUCAUAGUACCAGAAGACGAAAGAGAUGAAGAAACAGAACUGUCAGAAUACAAUGGUCAUCCUUGUUGCAACCCCAGCCAUGCCUUACAUCGGUUUUUUGCGCUUAUUUUUAUGUGCCUUCUUGGCUUCGGUUCCUAUUUCUGUUAUGAUAACCCUGGAGCAUUACAAGAUAAUUUUAUUGAAGAUAUGAAAUUGACUACCUCACAGUUUGUGUAUUUGUAUUCAUGGUAUUCAUGGCCAAAUGUUGUUCUUUGUUUUGUUGGCGGAUUUUUAAUUGACAGGGUUUUUGGAAUUCGUCUGGGUACUGUUAUAUAUGCCACUUUUGUUCUAAUUGGCCAAAUCAUAUUUGCUCUUGGAGGAGUUUUAGAUGCAUUUUGGCUCAUGGUUGUUGGCCGAUUUGUAUUUGGAAUUGGUGGGGAAUCAUUAGCUGUUGCUCAGAACAGUUAUGCUGUAUUAUGGUUCAAAGGCAAAGAAUUGAAUAUGGUAUUUGGACUUCAACUGAGUUUUGCAAGAGUUGGAUCUACUGUAAAUUUUGUUGUUAUGGAACAUUUGUACAAAUUGGUUAACAAAACUUAUCAGGGCUAUAUGUGUACUGGUGUUGUGCUGUUCAUUGCUGCAACAACAUGUGUAAUGUCUCUUAUCUGUGGAAUUAUUUUGGGAGUCAUGGAUAGAAGAGCAGAACGAAUUUUGAAAAGAAAGACAUCUGAGGAAGGUGAAGUAGUACAUAUCACAGACGUUAAGGAUUUUCCAGCGAUAUUUUGGAUGGUAUCUAUUGUUUGUGUGGCAUACUAUGUAGCAAUCUUCCCAUUCAUUGCUUUGGGAAAGGUGUUUUUUGAAAGAAAAUUUGGUUUCUCUCCUGAAAAUGCCAAUACUGUAAAUAGUAUUGUUUACAUUAUCUCUGCAGUGGCAUCUCCACUUCUUGGAUUUGUUGUUGAUAGAGUUGGCAAAAAUGUGUUUUGGGUGUUCCUCUCUGUACUGGUGUCUGUUGGUUGCCACGCUCUGUUGGCGUUCACAUUUCUCAACCCCUACAUUGCCAUGUGUAUCUUGGGAAUUGCAUAUUCCAUGCUUGCUAGUGCUUUAUGGCCAAUGGUGGCACUCAUAAUUCCAGAAUAUCAGUUGGGUACUGCAUAUGGAAUUGCACAGUCAGUUCAAAACCUAGGGCUAGCUGUUAUUUCCCUUGUGUGUGGAAAAAUUGUUGAUUCCAGUGGGUAUUUGCUACUUGAAGUUUUCUUCCUUGCAUGUCUUUGUGUUGCUCUUAUUACUACUGUGGUGAUCUGGAUAUUAGAUUCAAAUACAUCAGGAUUAUUAAAUAUGACUCCAUCACAAAGAGAAAUAUAUGAGAGAAAUAGAUUGGCUGCCGAAAUGCUUGAAAGGGAGAAACUAAUGGCUUCAGGCUCAAUGUCUGACAUAACCCCUCAUGAUUUAUUGCAACCACAAUCUGAUUUCCACAUUAGAAACAGAUAUCUUUCACGUAUUGGAGCUACUCCUCGUAGAGUGGCAGCUAUCACACUUUCUUCAAGAGUGGCUGAAGAAAUGGAUUGCAAACAAGGAGAAUUAGUGGGUUACACUGUACGUUUUGAAGAUGUAACUUCAAGUCAUACAAAAUUGAAAUAUUUGACAGAUGGAAUGUUGCUAAGAGAAGCAAUGUUAGAUAAUCUGUUAAUGGCAUACAGUAUUAUUGUAUUAGAUGAAGCUCAUGAAAGGACAGUUCACACAGAUGUUUUAUUCGGUAUUGUGAAACAAGCCCAGGCUGUUCGGAGAAUGAAAAAGUUGGCACCUUUGAAGAUCAUAGUUAUGUCAGCCACAAUGGAUGUUGAUCACUUCAGCAAUUACUUUAAUCAUGCCCCAGUUGUAUACUUAGGAGGAAGACAAUAUCCUGUGAAAGUAUUGCAUGCUAAACAUAAUCAAGAAGAUUAUGUUUUUAGCAGCCUUGUUACCAUCUUCCAGAUUCAUAAGGAAGCACCUCCAAAUCAUGAUAUUCUGGUAUUUCUUACUGGUCAGGAAGAAAUAGAAGCCAUGGCAAACAGCAUCCGCCAGAUUGCUCUAGAACUUGAUGGGAAAGCUCCACAAUUGAAAGUGUAUCCUCUGUACUCAUCUUUACCAUCCCAGCAGCAGUUGGAUGUUUUUCGUCCUACCCCUGUAGGAAUGAGAAAAGUCAUUCUCAGUACAAAUGUAGCUGAAACUUCCGUUACAAUUAGUGGGAUAAAAUCACAUCACCCAGGAACAGGGUUGGACAUGUUAAAAGUUCAGAAAAUUUCCCAAGCGCAGGCUUGGCAGCGAACAGGCAGAGCAGGGAGAGAAUCUUCUGGAUUUUGUUACCGUGUUUAUACUAAACAGGAAUUUGAUUCUCUUCUUAAAAACUCCAUACCUGAAAUUCAAAGAUGCAAUUUAACUAGUGUUGUACUGCAGUUACUAGCACUUGGAAUAAACACAAUAGAAUUUGAUUUCAUUGAUAAACCACCUAGAGAGGCAAUUGUGUGUGCCCUGGAGCAGUUGAAAUAUUUAGGAGCAAUUGAAACAGUUGAUAAUCCAGGUUUGACCAAAUUAGGAAUGAAAAUGGCCCAGUUUCCAUUAGAUCCUCGAUUCAGCAAAAUUCUUCUUUCUGCAAAUGAAUACAAUUGUGUGGAAGAAAUUUUGAGUAUUGUAUCUCUUCUGUCGGGAGAAUCAAUAUUUUUUAUACCUCCCAAUAAGAAAGACAAAGCAUUAGCUGCUAGACAGAAAUUUGUUUCACCUGCUGGUGAUCAUAUUACUCUUCUUAAUAUUUAUAGGCAGUACAGUUCCCUGACUGUAGCAAAGCAAUGGUGCCAAGAAAAUUUUUUGAAUUGGAGGAACUUGCAUUAUGCCUCUGAAGUGCGAACACAGUUACAAGAGUUGUGCCGAAGAUGCAAUAUACCUAUGUCAAGUUGUGGACAGGAUUACGAUCAAGUACAAAAGUGUCUGAUUACAGGACUAUUCAUGAACAUUGCUGAGAUUCAAAGAGAGCGGCAAUAUAUGACUGUUGGUUCCAGGCAGAUUGUGUCAAUUCAUCCUUCUUCUACUUUAUUUUGCUCUCAACCUCCUUGUGUUCUUUUCACAGAAGUUGUCCAAACCGGUCGUUGUUAUAUGAGACAGUUGUCUCGAAUUGAACCUGAUUGGGUAAUGGAUAUUGUUCCUAAUUUUGCCAGCAAGCAUCGGCUCACUGCUCAUGUUACGUGAUGUUAAUAUAUUUGUCUUUAAUUUUGGGCUUACUGACCUAUAAUGUAAUAGCACUUUGUUAUUUGAGAGUAGAGAAUUAUAUUAGCCUUAUAUAAUAUUUAUAUUUUGUAUGAUAUAUUGGCAAUGAUUGCUGUCUUGUUCCCUAAAUGGGACUAGAUUUGAGAAUAAAACAGUUAAUAAAACUAAAUGAGCUGUUUUACUGAUAGUUAAAAUGAACUUGUAACUAAAUCAGAUAACUGGAAUUGCUAAAUACAGAGUUCCUUCGAAUUUUAUUUUUUUAAAAAUCAGAAAUUAUGUAUGUGAACAUUUUAGUUGCAUUCCUUUCCCUCUCUCUUGAGUGUGUAUUCAGCUCUACCUUGUGCAAUGUAUAAAAUAUUUAUUGACAUUAUGAUACGCGUGAUUGUAAACUGAAUAUGUUACAAAGAUCUCAUAGUUUUGUUGAAUAAGAGCUUUCUCUGUUUCGAUACCAAUUGUUAAAUGAGAGGGUCAGUGUUUUCAAAACUGCAGUUCUUUGAUCUGCGAUAACCCACCGGUAGUCAAUACACCAUUUCUCUAUUUUAAAAUGAAGUCAUUGUCACUGUAGACAAAAUGCUAGAUUUUCAAUGUUUAUGAAUUUCUGAUAAAUAUAUUGGUAUUGUUGGUAGAUAUUUUAUGAAAAUUAUAAGAGUAAUUGAAAGGAAUUUUAUAAUUACUUGUGUUAGGUGACUUUUGUAUCAAAUCAUUAAUAAGAUAAAAAGUACAAGGUAUUCUAAUCUGCUGAUAAGUUUUCAUGCUGUGUAGGAGUCCAUAAACAAUUCAGGGAAUUUUUGGUGAAAUAGAAUUUUCUUCUUUUGCCUAUAAUAAAAUAGCUAAACAAGAAAAGUUUCCCUCUUUCUCGUCCAUUAAUAUCCAAAAGUGGACGUUGAAUACGGCACUUCAAGUGCUAGUUUUAAAUAAUGGAAAAGGGUCUGCUUUCGGAACAAAUUCUUUCCCAUGAUUACUUGUUCUACAUUGUUAAAAUUGUAAUGAAGUUUCUAUAUAUAAUUAUUAAGUCCUUGUCAUUGCAUAUUGGAGUGUUUUAAAUUUUUGAUUUAAGAUGUUUAAAGAUAGUGUUCUCGUGGUCAGAUUUAUUCCUAAGCUUUUGUAAUGAGCAAAGCUUUUGCUUAGUACCAAGUCACACAAUUGUUCUAUUUUGCUCUGCAAUAUUUUGUAUGCAUUUUUUUGUAAUUCUUGUUUCAUAUGUUGUAUUUAUGUUUGAGCAUAAAAUGUGGGGAAAGAUGGUUUUGUAAAAAAGUAUUGACCUCAAAAUUGUUUGUUUUUAUGUUGUUUCUUGGACUUCAUAAUAGUUGUAACUGGUAGAAUUAAGAAACAUAUAUGGACUGACUAACAGGUUUUUAUAAAUUAUGGAUAUACUAAGGGCAGUGUAAUUCUUAAAAUCAAUUCAGAAGCCUUACCAUAUUUUUCUUUAGUGUGGUAGUAUGUUGUUUUUCUUUGUAAUUAUUUAUAUAAGAGUGCACAGUCCAAAAUGAGUUACAAAUUUUCAGUGAUAUAAUGCGUUUCUGUUUUCAAUAUUAAUCUAGGUACAUUAUAAAUAAUGUAAUUACAACAAAUAGCUAGAAAUGUUUAACAUUUAAGUAUGUCCCUUUUUAAUGUGAGUUGUUGUUGGGGUGGCAUACUUGUAUACGUGCAUUCUGAAGUUUUAUUUGGUGUGGCAAUUUCUGUAAUAUAUUUUUAGUUCAUAAUUUGAAAAUCGAGGGACAUGUCUUGGUACUAAAAGGUUCAUGGCAUAUGACUGUAUUUUUGAAUAGGUAAAUAGAAUAUGUCAUUCAGUUGGAGCAACCAUUUUCUGUGCUGUUCUUGAUGUUGCAGUGAUUUUGUUGUUUGGGCAUUGUGAAGUAGGUUCGUGAAUUUCUUGGUAAAGUUGGACUUUACCUGAUUCAUUAUUUUGUGAUAUUAUUUUAUUCCCCUUUGUAUAUUAUAGUAAUUUUACUACAGACAAUCAAACUGUGACAGAGUUAUAUUUUAAGAAAUAUGUCAUUACAUAUUUUGUAAAAUUUAUUUAUGUAUUGCAUAUAUGUAAUACUUCAUUUGAUUACCCCAAAUGCAUAUGAUAUUGUAUGUUUAUGUACAUGAAGGAUAAAUAUUAAUAUUUCCAUAUUAUUAUAUUUAAAAAAAUCAUUUAUUUGAUUGUUCUUCAUCUUCUGACUUC